CUCUCUCUCUCUCUGAGCUCAGCAAUGGCGAAUCUCAGGAGAACGAUGAAGCGACUCAAGUUUUGGUGGGAAGAGGAGAACGGCGCUGAUUACAUCCACCUCUUCAUCUACAUCGUGAUCUCAAGCGCAUCAAUCUUCUUGAACAAGCUGCUGUUGUCAUCUGAACAAAUCAAGUUUCCCUAUCCAGUGGGAUUGAGCUUCCUGCAAAUGGCCUUCUCCUCUGCAUUAUGUUUGAUAACUCUGAAGGUCAUGAAGGCCAGGGGAAUUGAGCAUCCUGGGAAUAAGAAUUUUAAGGAAACAAAGCAAAAUAGAAAAUUUGGAUUGUUAAUUCGUUGCAUUUCUGGAGCUCUUGCUUCGAGUGUUUGGCUGAGAAAUAGUGCAAACCUCUACACCUCUGGUGCUUUUAUGCAUGUGCUUAAGAUUGCUUUUCACGUAGCAGUCGCUGUACUUGAAAAUGUUUUUGAGAAUGGGGCAACUCAAUAUAAAAUGCUAUUGUCUACCAUCAUCCUUGGAGUAAUAGUGGCAUCUUAUGGGGAAGUAAGUUCUAGCUGGCCUGGAGUGGGCUAUCAGAUGGGCAGUGUUAUCUGUGAAGCGCUGAGGCUAGUUGUUACCCAGUAUUUAGGAGUUCAUGGUGGGGCCUGGCUGAACUCAAUUUCUGCCAUGUUCGGUAUUGAUUUUUUCAGCUCAACUUUCUUCCCUGUUCCAUGGAUGUUCUGGGAGAAGCCGAUGAUUGAUCCCUUUCGGCCCUGGGGUUUAUCUGUUCCGUGUAUUUUAAUCGUCAACUGUCUCCUGAUGUUUGCACUCAACCUGUACACUUGCCUCGUGAUCUCACGCAUAAGCGCACAGAGAUUUGCUCGGGCCAAAUCUUUCAGGGAUUUGGUGGUAGUUUUUCUGUUUCCUUUCCUUUUGGGAGAGACGGGGUUUACACUGACAAGCACUAGCGGUUACCUCAUAGCCCUUGUGGGUCUCUUGGUGUGCUAUCCUCUCAAGGAGAAAGCCCUCGUUGAAGAUGAACGCAUGACUGCCAGGUCUAAAAGGAGAAAAGUCGGCUCUAGAUCGAACUUGGGAGAGAGAGUAAAAGUUUUACAAAAUGUCUGAUUCCUGGAAGAAACUUUCGGAUUGAUCUUUCUGCAAAGAUUCACGUUUUACGAGGGAUUGUACAGCACUAACAACAGAGUUUGGGGAUACCUCUUCAGCAAUUCUAAGUGUCGAAUUCGACAAAUUGUAUACUUUCUUUUUGUUUUGUUACAGGUUUUGCGUUCAAUCCCUAA